AGCUGAAGGCUGCAUGGUGGUUUCAGAAACUGCCUACUUAAUUUGAAAAGAACAAUGGUAGGAAAAGCUAGAUCUUCCAAUUUUACCUUAUCUGAAAAGCUUGAUUUGUUAAAGCUUGUGAAGCCAUAUGUUAAAAUUCUGGAAGAACACACUAACAAACAUUCAGUAAUAGUGGAAAAGAAUAGAUGUUGGGAUAUCAUAGCAGUUAACUAUAAUGCAACUGGAGUAGACCGCCCUCCUCGAACAGCGCAGGGCCUACGCACUCUUUACAAAAGGCUCAAAGAAUAUGCCAAACAGGAGCUAUUGCAGCAAAAAGAGACCCAAUCAGAUUUUAAAAGCAAUAUUUCUGAGCCAACCAAGAAAGUUAUGGAGAUGAUUCCCCAGAUUUCCAGUUUUUGCCUGAUAAGAGACAGGAACCACAUACAAAGUGCAAACUUGGAUGAGGAAGCACAGGCUGGUACAAGUUCACUACAGGUAAUGUUGGACCACCAUCCAGUUGCUAUUACAGUGGAGGUGAAGCAAGAAGAAGACAUUAAGCCCCCUCCUCCACUGGUUUUAAAUUCUCAACAGAGUGAUACUUUAGAGCAAAGAGAAGAACAUGAAUUAGUACAUGUUAUGGAAAGAUCUUUGUCACCGUCACUUUCCUCUGUUGAUAUGAGAAUGACAUCGUCUCCAUCUUCUAUCCCAAGGAGAGAUGAUAUUUUUCGGCAUGAAAGUGGAGAAAAUUUUAGGUCACUGUUAGGGUAUGAUCCUCAGAUUCUGCAAAUGCUGAAAGAGGAGCAUCAGAUAAUUUUAGAAAAUCAAAAAAAUUUUGGAUUAUAUGUUCAGGAGAAGAGGGAUGGAUUGAAAAGAAGGCAGCAGCUAGAGGAAGAGCUGCUAAGAGCAAAAAUUGAAGUGGAGAAGCUGAAAGCAGUUCGCUUACGGCAUGAUCUAUCUGAAUAUAAUAGUCUCUAAGAUUUUUUUUUGCAGUCUUGCAAUUUGAUAAUUUUAAUUUUGGCCAAAUUACUUUCAUUUGGGAAUAUCCUGAAGCAGAGUAUAUAUUCUUUUUUUUUUUUUUUGGCCACGCCGCAUGGCAUGUAUGAUCUUAGUUCCCUGACCAGGGAUCGAACCCACGCCCCCUGCAGUGGAAGCACAGACUCUUAACCACUGGACCACCAGGGAAGUCCCAGAGUAUAUAUUCUUAAAAAAUAUUGUUAAUCUCUAUUAUGAAAAAGGCUUUUUGACAUGAUUUUCUAAUUAUUUAAUUUUCCUUUGAUACAUAUUAAAACGCUGAUUGGUAUGGUUAUAAA